AUGUCCAAACUUUUACAGGAUUUCCAGGAUGUGUUUCCAGAUGGUCCUAAGGGAUUGCCACCAGUUAGGGGCAUUGAGCAUCAAAUAGACUUUGUCCCUGGAUCCACUCUUCCAAACCGUCCAGCAUACAGAACUAAUCCUGUGGAAACCAAAGAACUCCAGCGCCAAAUUGAUGAGCUUAUGGAUAAGGGUCACAUCAGGGAAAGCAUGAGUCCUUGUGCUGUUCAUGUUCUUCUUGUGCCCAAGAAAGAUGGAAGUUGGCGCAUGUGUGUGGACUGCAGAGCCAUCAACAAUAUCACUGUAAAGUAUCGACAUCCUAUCCCUAAACUUGAUAAUAUGCUUGAUGAGUUGCAUGGUUCUAGCAUUUUCUCUAAAAUUGAUUUAAAAAGUGGUUAUCAUCAGAUUAGGAUAAAAGAAGGUGAUGAAUGGAAAACUGCAUUUAAAACUAACCAUGAUCAUCCAUCUUCUUGCCACAACGCCCAAGUCCAUUCCAUCUUGUUUUCAUUCCAUCCUUCAUCAUUUCAUCAUCCAAUCUUGCUUCAAAGUGCCGAUCUAUAA